CUUUUUCCCGGAGGCUGUGAACGCGUCUGAAGGAGGUUUAGCCGUUAGCUCCAGGGUAGCAAAGAUGCAGCUAGCUCUGAGUAAAACCUUUGGCCAGAAACCAGUUAAGUUCCAGCUGGAAGAAGAUGGAGACUUUUACAUGGUGGGAUCAGAGGUUGGAAACUACCUGCGGAUGUUCAGAGGCUCGCUUUAUAAAAGAUAUCCGUCGUUAUGGAGGAGGCUGGCCUCCGUGGAGGAGAGGAAGAAGAUCAUGGCUUCUUCACACGCCACCAGCGUGACGCUGCUGAAGGCCUCAGAGUGCGAGGAGAUCUUUGACGGCAACGACGAGAAGUACAAGGCGGUGUCCAUCAGCACGGAGCCUCCAGCCUACCUCAGGGAGCAGAAGGCCAAGCGCAGCAGCCAGUGGGUUCCCACCUUACCCAACAGUUCCCACCAUCUGGACGCCGUCCCUUCGUCCACGUCCAUCAACAGGAACCGCAUCGGCCGCGACAAGAAGAGGACGUUCCCUCUGUGCUUCGACGAUCACGACCCGGCGGUGAUCCACGAGAACGCGGCGCAGGCGGAGGCUCUGGUUCCGAUCCGUUUGGACAUGGAGAUCGACGGCCAGAAGCUGAGAGACGCCUUCACCUGGAACAUGAACGAGAAGCUGAUGACGCCCGAGAUGUUCGCCGAGAUCCUGUGUGACGACCUGGACCUGAACCCGCUCACCUUCGUCCCCGCCGUGGCCUCCGCCAUCCGCCAGCAGAUCGAGUCCUACCCCACCGACGGGCUCCUGGAGGAGCAGGCCGACCAGCGGGUCAUCAUCAAGCUGAACAUCCACGUGGGGAACAUCUCCCUGGUGGACCAGUUCGAGUGGGACAUGUCUGAGAAGGAGAACUCUCCGGAGUCGUUCGCCCUGAAGCUCUGCUCCGAGCUGGGCCUGGGGGGCGAGUUCGUCACCACCAUCGCCUACAGCAUCCGGGGGCAGCUCAGCUGGCACCAGAGGACCUACGCCUUCAGUGAGAACCCCCUCCCCACCGUGGAGAUCGCCAUCAGGAACACGGGAGACGCCGACCAGUGGUGCCCCCUGCUGGAGACCCUCACAGACGCCGAAAUGGAGAAGAAGAUCCGAGACCAGGACAGGAACACCAGGCGAAUGAGACGGCUGGCCAACACCGCCCCCUCCUGGUAGAGCGGCUCAGCCUGCAGCGUGACCAGAGAGCUGCACCGUCCUGACCGCAGACGUUCCUCUGCAGCCUAGCAGCCGUGUAGCAGCUCCGUUUGGGUUUGUUCUGAUCCGUUUCUGUUACUAACUCACCAUCCACAGCACAGCAGCCUGCAGACACCACUUUUAGGUUCAAAAGAGGAGCUUCUGGCCACUAGCAGCAGCUCCAGCGUUCCCCAUCCUCAAGUUUCUCUGCAGAAUUCGGUCCAGCUGUGGACCUCUGAGUCUGGAUCAGAACGUCAGCAGGAAACUUCAGGUUCUCCGUCAUGGCAGCUGAUGCUGGACACUUUGGUCUGUGUUAGAGCCUGCAGCUCGUUCAGAACCGCACCGUCCUCCCCGUCUGAUCCGUCACGGUGUCAGCGGAGCGGGGUUCUGUUGUCGUGGUUCUGACAGGAGCAGCAGACGGCUUCUUCAUGAUAUGUUCAUGCAUCACAUUCUCUGAGCAGUGGUCUUCAUUUUGUCACGUCUUUUGUAAAUUGUUUUGGCCUUUAAGCUGUUUUUAUAUGAAAAACAAUAAAAUCUGUUCCAAAGGUUUAA